AUGUCGGCACACCAGAGAAGACCUAGCAUGGCAGAGAACCUCACACCAGAGCAAAUUCAGGAGCUCAAGGAGGUCUUCAACGUUUUCGACAAGGAUGGAAACGGCAACAUCACAGUCGACGAACUGGGCGAAGUCAUGCGCUCCCUCGGCCAAGAGCCCUCCCAAACCGAACUCGAAGACAUCCUCAAUGAAAUCGACAAGGACGGCUCUGGCUCCAUUGAAUUCGACGAGUUUCUCUCAAUGAUGGGCCGCAAGGUCCAGCAAGCAGACAGCGAGUCUGAAUUGAGAGCGGCAUUCGCCGUCUUCGACAGAGAUGGCAGCGGCACCAUUUCUGCAGAGGAGCUGAGAAAUGUUAUGAAGAGCAUUGGUGAAAACUUGUCUGAUUCGGAGAUUGAUGAGAUGAUCAAGGAGGCGGAUGCUAAUGGAGAUGGCAACAUUGAUUACGACGAGUUUGUCAAGAUCAUGAGUGUUUAA